UUCACUUACUUUAUUUUUCUUUUCAUGCUUUGAUAGCUUAGUAAUUUUUCUUUUAAAGAUCUUAUUCAUUUAUUUGAAAGAAUUUCAUAGAGAGAGAGGGCAACACACCCCCCCCCACACACACACACACACACAUAUCUUCCAUCUGCUUGUUCACUCCACAAAUGGCCACAACAGCUCAUACUGGGUUAGGCUGAAACCAGAACUCAGUAGCCUUAUUUGGUCCCCUACAUGUGUGGCAGGGUCCCAGACACUUAGACCAUCUUCCACUGCUUCUCCCAGACCACCAACAGGGAGCUGGAUUGGAAGUAGAACAGCUGAGACACAUGGGAUGCCAACAUUGUGCGUGGUGGUUUACUUGCUGCAUCAUAAUAUUAGCCGUGAUAGCUUAUAGCUUAAUAAUUUUUAACACUAAGUAAUAUUCCAUUUUCUGGAUGUAUCACAGCUUGUUUAACCUUUAUCUAUGGAAGGACAUUUUGUAGCAGUGAAUAAGACUUCUGUAAACAUUUAUGUACACAUUUUUUUAAAAAUUUGUUUAUUUGAAAGGCAGGGUUCCAGAGAGUGAGAGAUGGAGAAAAAGAGAGAGAGAAAGAGAGAUUGUCCACCCUCUUGUUCACUCCCCACAUGGCCACAACAGCCAGGCCCAAGCCAGGAGCCCAGAACUCUAUGUCUCCUUUGUGGGUGUCAGGGCCCCAAGUACUUGGCCCAUCUUCUGCUGUUUUCCCACAUGCAUUAUCAGGAGACUGGAUUGAAGGUGGAACAUCUGUGACUCCGACUGGUACAUGUAUGGAUGCUGAUGUUGCGGACAGCCACCUAACCUGCUGCACCUUAACACUGGUGCUUAACAGGCAGAUUUUUAUGUGGGCAUCAAUUUCAAUCCCUUUGGGGAAAUACCUCAUAACAGAUUGCUGUGUCAAUAUGGUAUGGAGGAAGAAUCUGAAAUCUGAAAAAGUUUAGGUUUUUUAGAAACUGCUGGACUGUCUUCCAAAGUGGCUAUACCAACAAUGAAUGAGAGUUCUUGUUGCUCCCUGUCCUCACCAGUGUUUGAUAUCAUGUGUUCCGGUUUUUGACUAUCUUUACAAGUAUGCAGUUGUAUUGCUUUGUUAUUUUAAUUGGCCUUUCCUUGGUGAUAUAUGAUAUGGAGCAUCUUCUUACAUGCUUAUUUGCCAUCUGUAUAUCUUCUUUUUUGAGGUAUCUGUUAAUGUGUUUUUCCUAUUUUUCACUCAGAUUGUUCAUUUCUGAUUCCUUCUGUAGAUUCACUUUCUCAAAUGGUCACAAGGAGCUUGGAACUUCAUCCAGAUCUCCCAUCUGGGAGGCAGGUGCCCAAGUACUUGGAUUACCUUAUGCUGCUUUCCUAGGGACGUUAUCAGGGAGCUGGACCCUAAGUAGAGCAGCCAGGACUUGGAACUGGCACUCUAAUAUAGCAUAUUGGUGUUAUAGGCAGUGCCUUAAGCCACUGCAUCAUUUUACAAGCCAGAUUGUUCAUUUCCUUGCUGUUGAAUUUAAGUAUCUUUUGUAUAGGUUGGGUAAUAGUUAUUUAUCAGAAUUUUGUAAUUCAAAUAUUUUUCUCUUAGUCUAUGACUUGGCUUUUCAUUGUUUUGACAUUAUCUUUCACAGGGCAGAAAAUUUAAUUUUAGUGAACUCCAACUUAUUUCUUUCAUGGAUCAUGCCUUUGCUGUCAUAUCUAAGAAAUAAUCACAAAUACCGAAGAUCAUCUAAAUUUUCUCCUGUUAUCUUCAGAGAUUUUUAUAGCUUUAUGUUUUACAUGUUGGGUGGGACUAUAUCAGCAUACAAGAUAGUACCAGACGAAAUAGAAGAAAUCAAGGAAACCCUGAUAGAUUGGUGUGAUGAAAAGGAGCUUAAUUUAAUAUUAACAACUGGAGGAACAGGGUUCGCACCACGAGAUGUCACCCCAGAGAAAUUCCCAACAUUCCCAUUUUGUGGGCUCCAGAAAGGGGCUACAAAAGAAGUGAUAGAACGGGAAGCACCAGGGAUGGCCCUGGCAAUGCUGAUGGGAUCACUUAAUGUUACACCUCUGGGCAUGCUCUCUAGGUGCUUUAUCAGGGAGUUGGAUUGGAACUGGAGCAGCCAGGACUGGAACCAGCACCCGUAUAGGAUACUGAUAUUGCCUGUAUGUGGAAUUAGAGGGAAAACUCUUAUAAUUAACCUACCUGGUAGCAAGAAAGGAUCUCAGGAAUGCUUUCAAUUCAUACUGCCAGCUCUACCUCACGCCAUUGACCUUUUACGUGAUGCCAUUGUAAAAGUAAAGGAGGUGCAUGAUGAACUUGAAGAUUUACCUUCACCACCACCUCCUCUUUCCCCUCCUCCCACAACCAGCCCCCAUAAACAGACAGAAGACAAAGGGGUUCAGUGUGAGGAAGAGGAAGAAGAGAAGAAAGACAGUGGUGUUGCUUCAACAGAAGAUAGUUCCUCAUCACAUAUAACUGCAGCAGCCAUUGCUGCUAAGAAGCAUCCAUUCUACACCAGUCCUGCUGUUUUCAUGGCACACGGUGAGCAGCCUAUACCUGGUCUCAUCAAUUAUUCCCAUGAUGCAACAGGCAGUGCAGAUGAACCGAUUCCAGACUCCAUCAUUUCUCGUGGUGUUCAGGUGCUCCCACGAGACACAGCCUCCCUCAGCACUACUCCUUCAGAAUCACCUCGUGCUCAGGCCACAUCUCGCCUCUCUACAGCUUCCUGCCCAACACCAAAACAAAUUAGACGGCCGGAUGAAAGCAAAGGAGUUGCUAGUAGAGUUGGAUCCCUCAAACUCCAUCGAAAGCUGGAGGAGCUCAGAGAUCACCUAGAAGGCAAUGUGAAAGGAUACUCUCUCAGAGUAAAUGUCCAGUCCAGAUGCAGCAGCAAGGAGAACAUUCUCAGAGCCAGUCACAGUGCUGUUGAUAUCACCAAGGUGGCUAGAAGACACCGAAUGUCUCCUUUUCCUCUGACAUCUAUGGACAAAGCCUUUAUCACGGUCCUGGAGAUGACUCCGGUGCUUGGAACAGAAAUCAUCAAUUACAGAGAUGGAAUGGGGAGAGUCCUUGCUCAAGAUGUGUAUGCAAAAGACAACCUACCCCCCUUCCCAGCAUCGGUAAAAGAUGGCUAUGCUGUCCGAGCUGCUGAUGGCCCAGGAGACCGUUUCAUCAUUGGGGAAUCCCAAGCUGGUGAACAGCCAACUCAAACGGUAAUGCCAGGGCAAGUCAUGCGAGUUACAACAGGUGCUCCAAUCCCCUGCGGUGCUGAUGCAGUAGUACAAGUGGAAGAUACGGAACUUAUCAGGGAAUCAGAUGAUGGCACUGAGGAACUUGAAGUACGAAUUCUGGUGCAAGCUCGGCCAGGCCAAGAUAUCAGACCCAUCGGCCAUGACAUUAAAAGAGGGGAAUGCGUUUUGGCCAAAGGAACCCACAUGGGCCCCUCAGAGAUUGGUCUUCUGGCAACUGUAGGUGUCACAGAGGUUGAAGUUAAUAAGUUUCCAGUGGUUGCAGUCAUGUCUACAGGGAAUGAGUUGCUAAAUCCUGAAGAUGACCUCUUACCAGGAAAGAUUCGAGACAGCAAUCGUUCAACCCUUCUAGCAACAAUUCAGGAACAUGGUUAUCCCACAAUCAACUUGGGAAUUGUGGGAGACAACCCAGAUGACUUACUCAAUGCCUUGAAUGAGGGAAUCAGCCGUGCAGAUGUCAUCAUCACAUCAGGGGGUGUCUCCAUGGGAGAAAAGGACUAUCUCAAGCAGGUGCUGGACAUUGACCUUCACGCUCAGAUCCAUUUUGGCAGAGUUUUCAUGAAACCAGGCCUGCCAACAACAUUCGCUACUUUGGAUAUCGAUGGUGUAAGAAAAAUUAUCUUUGCACUACCUGGGAAUCCUGUAUCAGCCGUGGUCACCUGCAAUCUCUUUGUUGUGCCUGCACUGAGGAAAAUGCAGGGCAUCUUGGAUCCUCGGCCAACCAUCAUCAAAGCCAGGUUAUCAUGUGAUGUAAAACUGGAUCCUCGUCCAGAAUACCAUCGGUGUAUCCUCACUUGGCAUCACCAAGAACCACUGCCUUGGGCACAGAGUACAGGUAAUCAGAUGAGCAGCCGUCUGAUGAGCAUGCGCAGCGCCAAUGGACUGUUGAUGCUACCUCCAAAGACAGAGCAGUAUGUGGAGCUCCACAAGGGCGAGGUGGUGGAUGUCAUGGUCAUUGGGCGGCUAUGAUGGUCACCAGCAGGAGAAGCUCUGAUGCAUGUCCACAUAUCAUUGACUGUAUCCUGUAAUAUGCAACGGCACAGCUAGUUUUUCUGAUUUGGAUGAAAGUUGAUCUGUAUAGUCAACAUCUUGAACUAUAUUUCAAAUGAAUUUAAAUAUCUUUUAAAGAACAAAACACCUAAAAAUAAAUCUUAACAGACAACUCUAUUCUGAUUAUAUCAAAGCAAAUUUUUCCUUUCUUGCAAAUUGCUUUGUGUGUUCAAUGCUAGGUCUGAUAGCGAUAGCUUUUAGUAGACAGCAGUAGGUGCCUGCAGAACUUGUGUUUUUCUCAUCUUUAAAAUACAACUACUUAUGCUCUUAAAUCAAGGCUGUCUGCUUAUUUAUACUAGCGUAGGCAACACUUGGAUUUCCCUUCUUAGUAUGCUUCAUAACCGCUUUCCAGAGCGCUUCUGCUUGUUCUUUACCAUGUAUCUCGUGUUUAUGUGCACAGUGCCAAAAGAAGAGGGACGGGGUGGAGGCCCUGCCCUGCCUCAAGAAUCAUCCCCUGUGGAACAUCUGGGGAGGUUUCUCACCCCAGCAGCCUCACGGCACAGUACUCGUGGGCAGUAACUGGAUACCUUUUAUUUGAACAAACAAACUGGGGGAUGGGGAAAUGCUUCCUUAAGUGCUGACAGCCUUUUUAACCAAUACAUUUAAAAAUUGUACAGAACAAAAAAAAUAAAAUCAAAGACUGAUCUUGUACAGAUAUUAGUGUUACCAGCAUUCAUGUGGAAAUCAAGAGCAAAGACAAUGUUGAAACAACUCUGUACCAUACAUUUUCUGUAAUGAUACUGAAACUUAAUGAAUAAAAAAAAACCUUGAUCAUUAUUUAAAA